AUGCCUCUACACCUGCUCGGCAAGAAGUCAUGGAACGUAUACAAUUCCGACAACAUAGCGCGCGUCAAGGCCGACGAGGCUGCCGCUGCCGCACGCGAACAAGCCGAUGAGCAGCGCAUGCAAGAGCUCGAUGCCGAACGACGUGCGGCCAUUCUCCGAGGUCGAACGCCCCCACCUUUGCCAGAAAGACAAGCCAGCAAGACGUCAGAAUCAAGGCGCUCAGGCCACGCAGAUGAACGCGGACAUAUCAGGAAAAGGAGGAAGCUCGCUGGGGAGGAUGACACCGAUCUGGAUAUACGCAUCGCCAAGUCCGUCACGGCGCGACCUGAGCAUGACGACAAGGACGCCAGAGUCCUGAAGUUGCGGAGCACUGCGAGUGAUGCCCCGUUGCAAGACCAUGCCGGCCACAUUGACUUGUUUCCGGUAGACAUGAAAGACGCCCUCAAGCGUGAGAGAAACGCAGAAGCGGAACAGGAGAAGCGCAAGAAGGAAAAGGCCAUCGAGUCCCAGUUCACCAUGCGCUUCUCCAGUGCGGCAGGAAGGGACGGGGUCAGUCGACCCUGGUACGCUGCCGUACAUUCGCCCAAGCAGAGCGCUGGAGACAAGAAGGAAUUGUCAAUCUACGAAGGCUUCGUGAACAAGGACGUUUGGGGAAAUGAAGACCCGCGCCGUAAAGAAAGGGAGCAGGUCCGCAUAUCGACAAACGACCCUUUUGCCUUCAUGCAGAAGGCGCAGGCACAGUUGAAGAAGUCCAAGCAGGACAGGAGACAAUGGGCCGAGGAGCGCAGUCGCGAAUUGAUGGAGCUACGAUCAGCUCAGGAACGCGAGGAUAGGCGGAGUAGACAUCUUAAGAGGAAGAGGCGAGACGUCGAAGACAGCGAGCAUGGCACUCCCAAGAAGCACAGCACGAGCAUCGGUCUUCGCAUCGCAGCGGCGAGCGACGAGCCCAAAGCAAGAGUAGAGAGCGCGCUGGUGAUCGUCACACCCAUCGUCACCCGCGGACCGAAGAUUUUGAGACGGCUUUUAUAUGAGAGCGAAGACAUCGGGUACCAAUAG